CCCAGAGGGCAGCCAUAGGCUAAGCGGGUGGUUGUGCCGUUGUUGCCGGCGUUUAUCUCCAGCACAUAAAGGAAGCUGUAAGCCUGGGAAGCUCUGCAGCCGUUCUCACAAUUGCUUUCUCUUUCUCUACACCAAGAAGCACGCUACGUGCAUAAGAGUCUUCACCAAAAAAGCGGCGUGAAUAGCAAUCGGUAGAAGCAACAGGCGGCGUGCUGAUAAGAGCCAAGAAACGCGUGUAGUUGUCACAUCGGUGCCGGCGGGCGCUGCUGACUCACAGCGAGUACCGACAGCCCGCGGGCACGGAGCGCUCGGACUUCGGCUCCGGGAGGUGCCGGCAGCGCGUCGUUCUCCGCCAGCACGAGCCUGGCGGGGUCUGCUCGGAGGGGCCGGGUGGGGCUUUUCUCUUUCAUGCGAAGAUCCAACUGCAACGAUGCCGAUAGAAGCGGACUGCCUGAGCCCAGAGGCUCAGAAACUGGCUGAAGCGAGGCUGGCGGCAAAGCGAGCGGCACGGGCAGAGGCACGGGAGAUCCGGAUGAAGGAACUCGAACGGCAGCAGAAAGAGAUCUAUCAAGUUCAGAAGAAAUAUUAUGGUCUGGAUACUAAGUGGGGCGACAUCGAGCAAUGGAUGGAAGACAGUGAGCGCUAUUCACGUAGAGCCCGAAGAAAUGCCUCGGCUUCGGAUGAAGAUGAGCGCAUGUCAGUGGGUAGCCGUGGAAGCCUGAGGUCUCAUGUGGAGUAUGCCAGCGCCUAUCCAGUGGCUGGAUUAGAGAAUGAAAGGACCAAAUGGAAGAACUACUCCAAAGCAACCAAUGGUUAUGAGGAAGACGUGUAUGGAUCAUCCCAGAAUAGAAAAUCUAGCAGGGCUUCAUACUACCCUGAUCUGGGUCUUCACAACAGUGGCUAUGCUUCCACAUCUCAGCCUUCUUCCCAAAAUGGAAACUGGCCCUCCUUGCUGUACAGCGAUGCCCUGCCAGCCAGAAGUUACAGGGCGUCUGUGUAUGACGAGAGUGUUUACAGUGGGAGCCGUCGAUAUAGUGCCUCUAGUUCUCGUGCUCCUUCAGAGUACAGCUGUUACCUCGGUUCGGGAUCUCGGGCGUCCUCGAGAGCCAGCUCUGCUCGGGCCAGUCCGGUGAUUGAGGAACGGCCAGAAAAAGAUUUUGAGAAGGGAGCACGUACUGUCUCAAGUCUGUCAGCAGCUACCUUAGCUUCCUUGGGUGGGACUUCUUCUCGAAGAGGCAGCGGGGAUACAUCCAUCUCAGUGGAUACAGAGGCAUCUAUUAGAGAAAUCAAGGAUAUCUAUGAGUUAAAGGAGCAGAUUCAAGAUGUAGAAGGCAAAUACAUGCAGGGACUGAAAGAAAUGAAGGACUCUCUAGCUGAAGUUGAAGAGAAAUAUAAGAAGGCGAUGGUUUCCAAUGCUCAGCUAGACAAUGAGAAAACAAAUUUCAUGUACCAAGUAGAUACCCUGAAGGAUGCACUCUUAGAAUUAGAGGAACAGCUCGCAGAAUCCAGGAGGCAAUAUGAAGAAAAGAGUAAAGAAUUUGAGAGAGAGAAGCACGCUCAUAGCAUACUGCAGUUCCAAUUUAAGGAAAUCAAAGAGGCUUUGAAGCAAAGAGACGAAAUGCUUGCAGAAAUCCAACAGCUGCAACAGAAACAGCAGAGCUAUGUCAGGGAAAUUUCUGAUCUUCAGGAGACAAUAGAGUGGAAAGACAAAAAAAUAGGGGCCUUAGAGAGGCAGAAAGAUUUCUUUGAUUCCAUAAGGAGUGAGCGGGAUGACCUUAGAGACGAAGUAAUGAUGCUGAAGGAGCAACUGAAGAAACAUGGAAUAAUCCCAGACUCCGACAUAGCCACCAAUGGGGAUGCAUCAGAUGUUCUCGAUAACGAAGGACACUUGGAUUCUUCCAAAGCUGUUCCAGGCACACCACAGGCAUUAAAGACAGCAGGGGAUGGCAUGCUAGGCAAAGCCAAGGAAGUGGACAUGAAAAAUGAGAUUGUGGAGGAUGUGGGGAAAAGAGAAAUCUUGCAGAAUUCUGAGCAUGAGGAACACAAAGAGGAGUCUGAGGAACAGGAAGUACAGACAUUGCAUGCUGAUGAAAAUACAAGGGCAGAAAACCUGAUUGAAGAACCUGAUGCUCUGUCAACAGUGAUGUUACCAGAUAGUAGGUUCUGUAAGGCUUUGGAUCAGUUCUGUAAACCUGUGUCAGGGAAUGCUUGUUCAAGUGAUGAUAGUGAUGCAGAUGAUUUGAGAAAGGAGACACAGUCAGCAGACACAGCAGCCCGGCAGCCUGUUAGCAAGGAGGUUGAACAGAGUAACUUAAACCCAAGGACAGCUGAGAACUCAGAAAUGGGCUCACUGCAAGGUCAGGAUUUUGAGAGUCCUCAGGAAAUGCAUGGUGAAUUAAAUGCAGAGCAUGAACUGGAAAAAGCUGCUCUUCAACAGGAAGAAGGAGAGGAUGUGGAAGCUAGCUGUGCACUGAGUGCUAAUGAGGCAGAACAAGCAGCAGACAGUGCAGGUGACAGCAGUGAGGUGGUUUCUGACCAGUCAGGGCUACCAGAGCUAGUGGACUCACAAAGUGAAGUGGUAAAUGUAGAGCGCUGUGCUGAAACACUCCAGUGCUCAGGAGAAAGUGCUGGAAGCAAAGUUACAGAGGUCUUAGAAAAAACUCUUGUUGAAAGCAAAGACUGCACUGAUGGAACAGCUAAUGAAACUGGAGGUGAUAGAGCUGGAGAACAAAAUGAGGUUGGGAGUGCAGUUCAGGGUGAGAAAAUGGAAAGAGAUUCCACGGGCUCAGAAGGGGAGGAGUCAUGUGGAAGCUGUGCCCCAUCAGAUCCAAAUGAGGAGGGAGAUGAUCAGGCACAGAUCCAGCCAGUUUCCUCAGAGGACAGUGAGGAAGCAUUGUUAGAGGAACAGAAUAUGCAGGAACAAACGGAACUUAAGCCUGCUGAGAAAGGUGGACAGGAGGAAGUAUUGACUGGAAACUUAGAGGAGUAUUCAGAUUGCGCAGAAAAGCAGGAGAAGGCUUCAGGGGAGUCUGCAGGCUCUGCUAAUGAGGCAGAAGUUAGUGCACUGCAUCAGACAGAGCCAGACACGGACACUGUGAAAGAAAUGGUGUCUCAGGAAACCAGUUUAGACCCAGUUAUUUCAGAUGAUGAAACUGAGGAAACAGAAAUGCAAACAGGAGUUAUGUCUGGGAAAGGAGAGGAAAAUAGAAUAGAAUACUUAGAACAUGAUAGAACAGAAGACUUAAAAUCAAAGGCAGAGCUUCAAAUGGUUCAGUGCAGCAAAGAAACAACAGGUGACUCAGAGGAUGAGAAAAAUAUUUCUUUAGAAAGUGAAGCACAGAAUGUAGUUAAACAAGGUGAAUCUAAAGAGGAGUUUGUUGCAUGUCACAGUGUAACUAGUGAGAAUCAAGUUGAUAAAGAAACGUUUAAAGAAGAUACAAAGCAGUCAGAGCUCGCAGACCAGCAGGGUGAUGGCUUUACUUCUAUGGAAGGUACAGAUAAUUCUCUUGCACAGAAAGCUGAGCUGGAUGGAAGUGUGAGUGAGCAACUUAGACUAGAGGGCCAAGCAGAGGAAGAACAAGAAGAUGAAGGUGACGCAUUUGAUUUUGAUGAGGAUUCAGAACAGAUACUGGAAACUGAUGAAAAACGCGAUGGAGGAGAAUCUGAUGCACAGAGUGAAGAGGAUGACGGAACAAGCAGCAUGAUAAGAAAAGCUGCCCCUACAGGUGAAGCCGGAGAGAGAACUGGCAAAAUAAAAACCAGUGACACCUUGACCAAAGAUGAUGGCUUACAGCAUAAGGAAGGAAAUGAGUCAGAAGAAGCAGGGCACUCGCAAGAGGAAGCGUCAGCACUGAAAACUGAUGAGAAGGCUGAUGUGUCGGCAGAGGGAAACGAAGCAUCAGAUUCUAAUGAAGUGGAAAAGGCACCAGGUGACAGUGGUCUAGAACAGGAUUUGGAGAGUGCCGGCUGUAACAGGGCUGAAAGCAAAGAGGAUUUGCGAGGUGGUAGGAAGGGUAAGGGUAAAUCCAGAGAUGACUGUACAGUGUCCUGAGUUCUGAAUUCCGGACUGUAGGAGUCAGAAGCCAUUUGAUCAGGCUCAGUACCAAAGCAUACACUUUGCACGAUGAAUCAGUCCUUAGGAAGAUAGGAGUACUCUUAAGGUGUUCAUUUUUUCCUUGCAGGUAGAUCUCAUAAUACACUGCUGGGUCAUGUAAGUGGCGAUAAUGCCAAUAUUAAACUAUUCACUGACGUACCUAGCCACAAAAAAUCAUUCAGAGGUUUGGUUUUGCUGUGUCUCGGGUUAAACAUUUGUCACCAAACAAAGCAAGCUUCACAAAGGAACUGAUCAGGCUUUUGCAGUUAAAGUACUCCUAUUGUUGAUAACUGCUACCGAGGAGCUUUUAUAUGCAAUUCCUACUUCUUAGCCUAGAAUAAAAAUAGAUUAUCUGAAUGUACUAGUAUGUGCAAUAGGGCCUACAGUAAGUGUGUUAACACUUUGUCACAGAGGAACUCGGAAGAUCAGCAACACUUAGAUCUAAUGCUAGCAUUUGCUGCUGAACGAUUAAAGCUUAGGAGCCCUUUUCCAUAGCAAAAGAAGAAGAAAAAAAGAUACUCUCAUUCCACUUUCUGUGUAUGUAUGUUUCUGAGGUGUACGUAUUCCAAACCAUUGGUAGAUCACUGUGAAUUAAGUCAGCGCUUUGGAGGAACGAUGCUCAAUAUGAAGGAAAUGCAACCCAUAGGUUUCGGAAAGGAGCAGAUACGUACAUGUUUACUUCAUGUGGGCACUUUGCACCGCAGUAGGCCUUUUACACCAUGUCUCACAUGGGUUUUGUAUUUUUCCUAAGAAAGUGUCGAUACACACUGUAACGUGCCUAGUUUUGCUAUCCAAUACUGUAUCUAUGAAUAUAUAAAUAUAUUUUUUGGAAGAAAACCACCAAAGAUGUUUAACAUCACAUUCCUUACUGCAUUAUAUAUAUAUAUAUAUAUUUAUGCAAAUAUUAAGAGAAAGAAUGUUUUGCUUUGAAGAGGUCCUUCCUCCUUUUUCCUGGAGGGAAGGUAACUCUGGAUGCCUUAAUCCUCACGGGUGUCAGACCAAAUGCAGUUGUUCCAUAUACGAGCCCCCAUGCCUUUCUGGAAAGCUGGAUUAUGUUGUAUUGCCAGAACUGAUGAGACGCUUUGACCCACUGAUGUAUUUCUUCUUGCAUUGUUAUUGUGCUUGGGAGGAAGAUCAUGUUUUGCAUCAUUAAUAAUUAGUUUGAGGUUGUGUUAAGAGAUGAACAUGCAAAGGGAAUGCAAGCUGAGGAGCUGGGGGGCUACGGCAGGUUCUGUUGAUGUUACAAAGAGGACAGAGUUCAAAUAGACUGCAAAAUCACAAGAUGUGUAUCAAAGUGCACUGUGCUGUAUAUAAUUAAAAUAAACAUAUUUUAUACUACA